AUGGAGGCCAACAGCAGCAGGGAGCUUGAAGCCAGGAAUUAUUUGGAAAAACAUCGGAUUAUGGAGUUGCUGACCUAUCUCGCCAGCGCCCUCCUCUUUUUCCGGCCGGAAAAACCAAGAGAGUAUUUAAUAUCUAUAUUGGAACGGCUGAGAAUUGCCAAAGUAUCAGGCGUGGCUUUCCCUUUCUUUAUGGAUAACUCUAACAUUGCAGCCAUGUUUCAGAUGCUGGACUCCUCGAAUAAAGGAUCCAUAUCAUUUAUACAGUAUAAAGAAGCCCUAAAAACCCUGGGUCUGUGUACUGCAGAUGAAGUUUUAAAAGAUGAUGGACUUGGAAUAACUUGUGAAAAAUUCAUGCGUGAAGUGAACAAGAGGACUCAAGAAAUAUGGUCAGCAUUUUAA